AUGAACAUUGGGACCCUUCAGGGCAAGUCUGUAGAGUUGGUAAAGAUUCUUAAGAAGAGAAGGAUUAAUAUUGCUUGUGUUCAGGAGACUAGGUGGGUAGGUUCUAAGGCUAGGGAUGUGGAUGGGCACAAGCUAUGUGUUUAUGCGCCACAGGUGGGCUUGGACGAGGUGGCGAGAAGCGUGCCUAGCUCGGACAAGAUUAUCAUAGCAGGGGACUUCAAUGGGCACAUUGGGGUCUUACUGGGAGGCUAUAACGAUGUGUAUGAAGGUUUUGGUUUCGGUGAUAGAAAUGGUGAGGGAGCUGCUCUUUUCAAUUUUGCGAGUUUCUUUGGGCUAGUGCACAGGCUUCUAGUGAUGGACUUUUCUAUCAAAAAGAGCAAGAAGAGAAGGGUCGGGGAGGGUCGGCCAAGAAUUAAGUGGGGUAGCCUGACUCCAGUUAGUACUCUGGAGAUACGGGAAAAGGUGGCAAGAAUAGGGGUGUGGGAGUGCAGGGGGGACGUGGAUAUUAUGUGGGAUAGGGCUGUCAGCUGCAUCACGGAGACUGCUAGAUAA